CACAUGUAUAAAAUUUGUUCCUAUCUGUGUUUGCUAUUUGGAUGGUUUAAAGGACAAUGGAUACCACUGUGAUUUUGCUUCUGGUUCUGUUGUCGCCUCGUCAGGCCAGGGCUCUUGUUCUGUUUGAAUUGAUACAAGACCCACCAUGGAAUGGACGUCCUGACGUCUUCCACUCUGAACAACGAGAUCGUCGUAUGCAGCGACUAGAACGUUACCCAGUGUAUUACAAUCCUGCAAAUCCACCAGUCGAUGCUCGUCAGAGUAACGCCCGGACAUUUCAGUUUAGAAACAUUCAAGAUAAAAGAGCAAGAAGCAUUCCGUCUGUCUAUAGCUAUGAAGAGCGGUAUAUACCUGAAAGAAACACACAAGUGUUGGUGCAGUUUAAUCGUCGUCGAGAUAUUAUUAAUACAGCCACAGCAUCACCAUUGUAUGUAGAGUCAAAUUAUCAUUUACAUGAAUACAAUCUUCACAGAAGACAAUACCCUAAUAGAUUUCCGUAUAACCAAGCAGCAGCUGGUGCUGACGCAACCAGAAUACGAGAUGAAUCUUACUUCAGAUCUCAAAUAUAUCCGAAACCGAUAGGCUGGAAUCCGAACAGGCUGGAAAAUAGCAAGAAUUCAAAGUUCCAAACAGGACAUGAAUUACUCAGGACAGCGAUUCAAAGGGACCCACUGGAGGGCCUGAAUUUGCCAGGGUUAGAAGUUGCUCAAAAUGUCAAAGAAACAUCCAGUGUAAUUAAAUAUGAUCAAAAGUCACAUUCGAGUAUGGUCCCUUUGCCUGUAAGUAGGUUUGAGAUAUCUAAUGUAGACCCACUGUCUAAACUAAAGUUACCUGAAACCGAUACUCGCGGUAAACACAGCAUGGAUGGCCACGAGUUACUUAAUGCAAUUAUGAAGCGCAAUCCCCUGCAUGGAAUUAGAAAUUACGCACUAAGAUCUACUGACACAUUUAAAUUAUCUGACAUAGAUCCACUUUCAAGUUUGAAGUUACCAGGUUUAACCGACCAGAUCAGACCUAACGUGAUCCCGGUAAACGACAAAGUCCAGAUUCAGCGCCCUUCGGAAUAUGCAACAAAUGGUGAUUUUGAUCCCAUUACCUCACAUUCCGUGGCAACGCACUCUAGCAAUACACAGUAUUUUAUUAAUCUACAGGCGAAAAGAACUUCGAAGACAAAUAACUCAACCGUCAAUGUGAUGGAAUUGGAAGGGAUGCUGCAAGUUCAAAGCAAACCGGCAUACGAUUUGGAUGGAACGCCUUUACGAAAUACGGCCUUGUUCGGCAGACGUGAUGUGCACACUAAUGUUAAUAGCAGCACGAAUGACUCCAACAAUGACAGACAGAUUCGCCCUAUCUCUGGAAGAAAUCUCAUUCGACUUAGCAACAAAUCAACUGUUAGUUUUACCCAGCAGAAUACAACAACAGUAACAACAUUUACAACACCGUUAUCAUCGUCGUCAUCAUCAUCAACAACAACCACAACAACAAUAUCACCCACAACAGGUAAGCCAGUGUACAAUGCUAAUCCAAUGUUGGCAUGGUUCAACAGAUUUAAGAGUGCGAUGGCAGAAACAAGACAAAGUAAAAUUAAUAGAAACGUAUCUUCAACUAGCAAAGAACAAACAGUUUCAAAAACAUACGAACAGACGCAAAGGCCCUCCCUUAGGACAUUUACACAAAACGACUUAAGACUUGAGUCAAGGACCAAACCUAAUUUACACAAUGUCCAAAACAAUAAUAUUGUUAACACACUUCAAACAAAUAUACACAAAAUGUCUAGUCCUAGAGAACCCCUGCAAAGUUCGAACGUUGAUACCAAGAAGGAUAUAAAUUUAAAUGUACCAGCAACAAACGAAGAUAUUGGCAUUCCAUCACGAACAAGUCUGUUAGCCGAGGUACAAAAAAUGAAAAUUCAAGAUUUGAAAUAUAGACGUACUCUGGAAAACAGCAAAUCGCUUUUGUCUUUUAGUCCCUCUAACACCAGCAACACAAAACUGACGCUUCCCACACGAAGUCAGUAUAUACCAGGUGCAAUGAAGAUAACCAGUCAGAGGGAAUCAUAUAUCACGACGACAGCCAUGACUACUGCGGGGCGUCUGCAAGAUCCACUGUUGUUCCCCAAGUCUAAAACACGUGUACCUUAUAGAGUUAUUAACGAAACCAACCCAGCAAAAUUCGUUUCUGAAGCUCCAUCACCUAUGUCAUCUUCAAGCGACAUUCGAAAGGUAACACCUGAAACUGAAGGGCAGGGAUACGAUCCAGGUCUUGCUAGCAUGCAUGAUAGUAACCCAAGAUCGCAAGCACCACUGACGUCAGUACAGUCGAAAUAUGAGCUGCCAAGAAUGGAACAGACGACAUUUAGUAUUAAACAAGUGGUGUCACUUCAGACACACGGUAAUAGAGGGGCAUUUCCUUUAUUUGGGGGAAAGAGUGAAAACUCAAACAGAGCUCGUACCAACGUUCUUUCUCGUGUAACAAACCUGUUUAAUGAUCCAACAUUUUUGGCCUUGAUACGAAGUUCACAGAAUGUACGUAUCGCUGCUCGAGUGAGUAAAUAACUGACAAAUAGCUUUUGUCAUGAAACCAUUCUGGCGACAAAGUCAGUAUUACAAACGUGGAAGUAUAAUAUCUAAUAUAUUUAUUUACCCAAUACUGCAGGUGUUAUAUGUACAUGUGCUUUGAUUUCUCGCAUUUUAAAUGUUUGAAAUACAGAAUUUAGUAAUAUAAUGAUUCACUGUGAAAUCCUUUAUUUUUCUAGACUUACAUUUUUCGUGUUUUGAUAAAAUAUACAUUACGUUGGGAACAUAAAUUCAUGGAUCACAAAAAUUUGUAUUAUAUGUAUAUAUGUAUUAUAUUUUCGUCAUACUCCUAAAUUCGCAGAUUGCUCAAGUCCACGACUUGUACGGACAUUAGACAUCCACGAACAAAAGUGAUUUCACAGUACCUGAUUUGAAAUGGAUGUGUUUUGAGUGCAGUAAUAAGCACAACCCUAGGUUGGUGUGCAUAAUGUGCGGACUGACAACUAACACUUAGUUUUAGGGUUUAUUUUAAUGUUUGAAUUCAUACAUGUCUUAUAAUAAAUAAAGGCAAAGAAAACAAGUAAAGAAUUCUGCUGCAGGUGAGGCUCAAAUAAAAUUCUAAUCAUGGCGCAUGUCUGUUGCUUAGAUUAAUCUUCCGCUAAAAUAUAUUUAUCCAUAUGUAAAUAUUCAGCAAUGAACUAAUGUAUCAACUAAGCCGAGAAUUAAUCAUUGUUUUCUAACGAAAUCCAUUAAAUUAACAUUAAACUUUUCGCAGACUGUGUGUGUUUAUGUAAUCAAUGCUUAAUUGCUAAAUUAUUCCACUGUUGUAUAACGGACGCCAGAUUUGUCUACGUCAAAGAUGUCAUUCUAUAAUACAGGGUCCUCACUUUCAUUUAGCUCAUCUGUUUGGAAUCUUUUCUACAAAAAUCAAUACUAUAUUUUAUUAACCACCAUUUACAGGAGUGAUAUUUUCUUCUCUAUCUUUUUCUUUUUUCUUUUGUUUGCUGCUCGUUUGCAGAUUCACGAAAAGAAAUGUUAUCUCCGACUAAGUCGUUAAAUAUUAAGAUAACGUGAAACAUAUAUACAUUUUUCAGGAAGAAUGACAUAUGUACAGUUAUUUUUAGAAAGUCACGACCGUUAACCUCUUUAUAUAUAACAUGAAACUUUAAUAUUUCUGCAAUAUCAUAUUUUAAUUUAUCUUUGUUCCUUUUACCACCCUUUUUAUUUGUUUCUGCCAAGACGAACCCAAAAUCAUGGAGCUGACCUAAGGAUAGAGGUACUCGUUUCAUACAGUUAGCUUUGUGUGGGCUUUUUCUCCAUAUACGUAUAUAUAUUUUAGUGACAAUUAUGAUUUAAUUUGUAGUAUUUCAUUAUCAACUGAAAUUAUUUAUUGAAGACUAAUGACGAUAUUCCACAGAUUCACAAACGAAAGUGCCGUGCAUUUUCUUGGGGUUUUUUUAAUAUAAAGUCUUAUCCAUGAAGUAGAUAUAAAAACAAUUAUGAAAUGCUCUUCAUAUCGAAUUUACAGGUUGACCAAAACAAAAACACAAAUUCACGGUCAACAAUACAAUCAAUUCAAACAACGAUUUGUGUAUGAUUUAACAAUGUUUAUCUUUUAUCACCAAAAUAUGAAAUGUUACCUACCAGACUACGAUAUGCUCUCAUAAUAUUUUGUACGAAAUUUGCAGGUAUUAUGAUAUAUUGUAUCCAUAGCGUUUAUGUAAUUUAUGUAAUAUGCAAAUUUAUUGAAAUCGAAUAUCAUAUAGUAAUACAUGUAGUACUCCGGUGUGUAGAUAUUUACGGUGACAACAUUUAGCACACAUUUACAAUAGAUGGCCAAAUGUUCAAAGCUUUAUAAGCUGAUGCAUUUUGACAAUCCUAUAUGUGUAUUAUUUUAGCCAAAUUUGUAGAGUUUUCCUUCGUCUUUUCUGUUCUUCAAACUGUAUAUAUUUAUGUAGAAUAUCAAGUUACUACGUUUUGAUAUCGUGGUUAUUUGACGAGGUUUAGAUAACGGUGUAGCAGGCUCGCUGAAGCUCGUCUGUUACACCGUUAUCGACCUGAGCCAAAUAACCACGAUAUCAAAACGUAGUAACCUGAUAUCUGUGUUUCAUCAUGCAACCCCUUUCAAGUUAUAUAUUUUUUAGUCAAAAGCGGUAUAGAAACUAUUAGUAUUAUUGUGUGGAAACUACUGUGAAAGUCGGAUAAUAACAGGUUCCUGAAAACAUUAUGAGAAUGGCAUAACCAGCCAGAUAAGUUAUGAGUGUCCACAUUUUAAAUAAAAUACUUUGAUUAUAUUUCAGUGUCUGUCGUGUCACAACAAUGCAAUUUUAUGUGCGACAUGGCUGCUAGUGACUGUGAUGUUAAAUGAUGUUGCAAUGUACACAUUAUUUGCAGGAAGCGACUUGCCCUGGCUUUAAAAUUGCAUUUUUCUAAUAUAUUUCAGUCAAAAGCGGUAUAGAAACUAUUAUUAUUAUUAUUAUUGUGUAGAAACUACUACUUGAACUCGGGUAAUAGCAGGUGCCCGAAAUCAUCUUGGGAAUGACACAGGUAGCGAGACAAGUUAAUAAAUGUCAUCAAAUAUUAAAUAAAAUACUUUGAUUUUAUUAUAUAACAUUUACUUAACUAUCUUAA